GCUAGCUGAACUGGCUCAAGAGCCGAGGCCAUGGGCACUCUAGGCAAAGCGAGAGAGGCUCCGCGGAAACCUGCCCAUGGCUGCAGACCUGCCCCUAAACCAAGACUAGAAGCGAAGCCAGCCAGCAGCCCCCUCCCUUCCCAGCCCAGCCUGGCCCAGGUCACCCAGUUCCGAAUGAUGGUGUCUCUGGGACAUUUAGCCAAAGGAGCCAGCCUGGAUGAUCUCAUUGACAACUGUAUUCAGUCUUUUGAUACAGAUGGAAACUUGUGCCGAAGCAACCAACUGCUGCAAGUCAUGCUGACCAUGCACCGGAUUAUCAUCUCCUCUGCUGAGCUGCUCCAAAAAGUUAUCACUCUCUAUAAGGAUGCCUUGGCGAAGAAUUCACCAGGGCUUUGCCUGAAGAUCUGCUAUUUUGUAAGGUAUUGGAUAACGGAAUUCUGGACCAUGUUUAAAAUGGAUGCCAACUUGACCAACACAAUGGAGGAGUUUCAGGAGCUGGUGAAAGAUAAUGGUGAGGAGCUGCACUGCCGCCUAAUUGACACAUCUCAAAUCAAUGCUCGAGAUUGGUCCAGGAAACUUACUCAAAGAAUAAAAUCGAAUACCAGCAAGAAACGGAAAGUCUCUCUACUGUUUGACCAUCUGGAACCAGAAGAGUUAUCUGAGCACCUCACCUACCUGGAGUUCAAGUCCUUUCGAAGGAUAGCUUUCUCCGAUUAUCAGAAUUACCUUGUGAACAGCUCUGUAAAAGAGAACCCCACCAUGGAGCGGUCCAUUGCCCUGUGUAACGGCAUUUCCCAGUGGGUGCAACUCAUGGUUCUCAGCCGCCCCACCCCACAGCUCCGAGCUGAAGUCUUUAUCAAGUUCAUCCAGGUGGCUCAGAAGCUCCACCAACUCCAGAACUUCAACACAUUGAUGGCUGUGAUCGGCGGAUUGUGUCACAGCUCAAUCUCCAGGCUGAAGGAGACGAGCUCGCAUGUCCCUCAUGAGAUCAAUAAGGUCCUCAGUGAGAUGACUGAACUGCUAUCCUCCUGCAGAAACUAUGACAACUAUCGGCGGGCCUAUGGGGAGUGCACCCACUUCAAGAUCCCCAUCCUUGGGGUGCACCUCAAGGACCUCAUCUCCCUCUAUGAAGCCAUGCCCGACUACCUGGAGGAUGGGAAGGUGAAUGUCCACAAGCUUCUGGCCCUUUAUAAUCACAUCAACGAACUGGUCCGGCUGCAAGAGGUAGCCCCCCCCUUGGACGCCAACAAGGACUUGGUGCACCUGUUGACGCUAUCCCUGGAUCUGUAUUACACUGAAGAUGAGAUCUAUGAGCUUUCCUAUGCCCGGGAGCCAAGGAAUCACAGAGCCCCGCCACUGACACCUUCAAAGCCACCAGUAGUAGUGGACUGGGCCUCAGGAGUCUCUCCCAAACCGGAUCCAAAGACCAUAAGCAAGCACGUCCAGAGGAUGGUGGAUUCUGUCUUCAAAAACUAUGAUCAUGACCAGGACGGAUACAUCUCUCAAGAAGAGUUUGAAAAGAUUGCUGCAAGUUUUCCAUUUUCCUUCUGUGUGAUGGACAAAGACAGGGAGGGCCUCAUCAGCAGGGACGAGAUCACAGCCUACUUCAUGAGAGCCAGCUCCAUCUACUCCAAGCUGGGCCUAGGUUUUCCUCACAACUUCCAGGAGACCACCUACCUGAAGCCCACCUUCUGUGACAACUGUGCUGGAUUUCUCUGGGGAGUGAUCAAACAAGGAUAUCGAUGUAAAGACUGUGGGAUGAACUGCCACAAACAAUGCAAAGACCUGGUUGUGUUUGAGUGUAAGAAGCGAGCCAAGAACCUAACAGCACCCACAGACAACAGCACCUCUAUGGGUCCAACACCCAGUCUUUGCUCACUGGGAGCCAGAGAGCUGCUCCGUGGACCUGAGGAAGGACCUUUUACAUUUCCCAGUGGGGAGGCUGUGGAACACGGUGAGGAAAGUAAAGAUCGGACCAUCAUGCUGAUGGGGGUGUCCUCACAGAAGAUUUCUGUUCGACUGAAGAGGACUGUCGCCCACAAGGCCACCCAGACCGAGCCACUGCUUUGGAUUGGUAGUGACGGCCCUCCUGGUCCUUAUGUAUGGUCUUCCCCAAGGAAGACAGCCCAGGAUACGCUUCACUUGCUCCCCAGCCCCACAUCUCCAUGCCCCAGCCCGGUGUUGGUCAGAAAGAGGGCUUUUGUCAAGUGGGAGAAUAAGGAUUCUCUCACAAAAUCAAAGGAGGAACUCCGUCAUCUCAAACUCACAGCUUUACAAGAGCGUUUGGAACAGGAAAUAAAUACUUUGAAAGCAGAUAAUGAUGCCCUAAAGAUCCAACUGAAAAACGCACAGAAGAAAAUAGAAUCCCUCCAGCUCCAAAGAAGUAAUCACGUCUUAGCCCAGAUGGAGCAGGGUGACUGUUCUUAAGCCAGAAACUCAAGAAGCAGAAAUCAGUAGAAGAGUAUAUAGAGGAUGUCAUCUCCUAAACUG